UAAUAUAAUGAAAAUGUUGAUUUAUAGACACAUUCUAAACAUGCAAAACCAAUAUCCUAAAACUACAUUUGUCAACAUAAUGAAAAUGGGGCUUUGCUGGAAUUUAGUUGGAUAUUGACUUGAAAGGCUGCUUGGACAACUUGGAAUGAUCAGAUUAACAUUCAAGUGGUUGAGUUUGGUUCCAUGUGGAUUUUCGAUUUUAUUUGAUAGGUGGAAAACAAUUGCCUAUGAAGGAGUUUGUUGUUUCUCAAAAUGAUAUCUACGUCCAUGUGAAUGUUGCUUGCUUGUCAUCCUAAUACUUAAAAGAGACGGAUUUUGUAAGGUUUCGUAACAUUACACUUCUUUUAUGUUCUUAAACUACGAUACGAUACAAAUUCUUCAAAAGAGCUUUGAGAGGUUUUAGGUUCAACCCCAACUUGACUUCCAUUUUGAGUUUUGAGGUGAUUGGAACUUCACAAUUUUCCACUUAAUGUUUGCCUUUUGCUAAAAAAAUAAAUAGACACAUGAAAACCAAGAAAAGUUUAAUAUGAAUAAGACUUAUUUAGAAAAUUUGUUAAGAAAAGGGCCUAAAAAUGGAACAGAAAAACAAGGCCAACAACAAUUCCUAAAGGCUUCAACUUCACCAAGAAAUUACCCCCAAAAACAGCGGUCAACCAUUGGCCUCCUCAGGCCAUCCGCUCCUCUCUCUACAACCAAACAAAUCCACAACACAUUUAAAAACACCCCAUCAUUCUCCACCUUUCUCAAUUCAUCUUCAACAACAAGAGAAUUCCGACUACCAUUUUGAAGCAAAGAGGUUAUACAAUGAAGUCUAUUGCCAUUGCCGUAGCCUUUUUAGUUGUUUCACUUUGCCAGUUCCAAAUACUUGCUCAAACUCCACAAACGCCAACCACCUCUGGAGGCAAUGAUCUUAUCUCCAAAACCUGCAGUAGCACAUCUUACAGUGAAAUGUGUAAAACAAUCUUACAAUCAUCUCCCAACAGCAAAGGAGCAGAUUUAUAUGGCCUAGCACAAAUUGUAAUGAACGUUGCAGCAGAUAAUGUUAGCAGCAUAUAUGAAAACAUAAACCAAUUACAAAAUGGCACAUCAGUAGACAGUUUCUUGGAUUCGUGUUUGACAGAUUGUUUGGAGAGCUUUCAGGACGCUAUUGAUCAAAUUGAAGAUUCAGUAACAGCACUGGAAUUCAAAGCCUAUAAUGAUGUUAAGACAUGGAUUUCAGCUGCCAUGAGUGAUGUAGCUACAUGUGAUUCGGGGUUCAAAGAAAAACAAGGCUAUCAAUCUCCAAUUGCCCAAAUGACCUCAGUUUUUGACCAGAUUUGCAGCAUUAUCUUGUCCAUUAAUCAACUCUUAAGCCAAGGGAAUACUAACUAAUGGAAACAGCCAAGGUGUCUGAUCGUUUCAUUUGGCAUUAAAGUAAAAACCUUAUUUAUUAUUGAAGUUUCAUACAAUAUAUGGUUAUGUAAAAAUCAUUUCACAUAGUGAAAAUCAAAUUAUUACCACCGGAUCUUGAGAUUCAUAACAAUUCAAGAA